AUGGGCUUCAUAAAAAAGCUUUACGAGAAAUUUGUCGGCCGAGAAAAUUUGAGUGCCCCGUGUACUCUUGUUAGCCAUGUUUUCGAUGAAGAUGAUGAAGCUGAAUUGUUCUUUGACUUGGUUUUGGCACGUUUUGAAAAUUUUGAUCAACAAAAUAACGCGGUAGGAAACAAAUCGUUCUCCAGUGAUGUUGAUUUCAUUAUUCAAUGUACUAUGGCAAGUCUGUCAUCAACCGAACUGUGUAAAAAAUUUCAGAAUCGUAUCGACUCCUAUUUAUAUAUUUAUCGUCGAAUCGAAGAAUAUAUCGGAAUAGUGAAACAAUCAGCUUAUUGGAUACGAGGCUGGGAAAACGAUGUUAAACAAUUGAAAGAGAAAUUAUUGCAAUCAUUGUCUCGAGUGUUUAUUGAAAGUAAAGGUCUACAACCGAAUCUUUGUUUAAAAGACGAACAACAAUUACGAAAAAUAAAUAUUGUUCAGUACUUAAUAGCAAUGACAGAAAUUGGUGCAAAAACAAUUGACACAUUUUUUGUUUUGAUUAAAUUAUCAUUUCAAUCAUCUAUUGUGAUCGAUAAACAUGAUCGGCUACAAUGGAAAAUUAUUAUAUCAAAUAUAAAAUAUUUUAAAAUUUCCAUACAGGAAUUUAUUUCUAACUAUAUUACUUACGAAUUGGCAUUCCGCGAGUUUUCACUUGAUUUGCCGGGCUUCAUUGAACUCAUUCGGAAAAAUCAUCCGUCCAAACAUUCUGAAGAAUCGCCGUUUCUAAUAUUCUUACGCCUUUCCAAAGAUUUAAAUAUCAAAACUGAAGAAUUUUUUGAUCAAUAUCGAACAUUGUUUGAACGUGGUAUUAAGGAAAAGUUUUAUUGCUUUUCACACAUCGGUGAUUUAUUCACUAUCAUCGGUCGUCACGAUCGCGUCUUUGAUGUUUAUUUCACAAUUUAUGCUAACAGUGUGGAUCUCGAUGAUCUAUGGACAAUGUUCAUGUAUCUAAGCACAAAGAGUGAACUGAAUGAUAUAAUUCAAAAACACCUUAUUUCCAAACUUAGUAUUCGUACAGCAGGUGCACCAAUUGAUAGUUUUCUACGUUACACAAAAUUUGCAACAGAAUGCAUGACGAAAAAAAUCAAACAUGAAUAUCAUCCACGUUUUCUGAGGAUAUUUGAAAAUAUAUUCGAAGGUUUCAUCGGCCAUCAGUUGACUGACGAACGAUAUUCUUAUCGUUUUUCUGAGUCAAAUUUAAAAGAAUUCUUAAAGAUCAGUCUUGAAAUGUCAACAAGUCAUGAUCUACAGCAACCAUCUUGUUUGCUCAUCGUUCGACGCUUGAUAUUUCAAAAUAGUACUCGGCAAUUGAAUACAGCUGAUAAAACCAAAGGUUUGUUUGAAAAACUAAAUGAUUUUGAUCAAAGUUUAUGUGAGAAGAACAAUCCCGCUGCUAUUAUUCAAGACGAAUGGUUGCAAGACUAUCUUCUACUUAUUCCUGAAGAUUUUUUGCGUUAUUUCAACGAAAAUGUGUACAAUUAUUUGUGCAAUAAUCAUUUAAAUAAUCGUUGGACACUUUAUAUUUGGAGAAGACUAAUAUAUUUGAGCAUUCUCAAAUCAAAAGCUGAGAACACGAAUGAAAUACUUUUGAAAAUGAACGAAUGGAUGCACAUUGUCAAGCAUGACAACUACAAUAUCAAUGAUACUUUGACAAUCAUUUUGAUUAUCAAUCUAUUUGAACUUGUUAUUGUCAAAUAUAUAAAAUCUGUUUUGUCACUUCCGAAGAUCGAUAUUAUCAUGAAUUUUAUUGUAAAUGCCCGACAAGAACAACUACAUCAAAUGGAUACCAAACAAGUAGAUGAAUUUAUUCAAGGCGCUGAAAAAUCAAUUCAACAGAUCUUACUACUACAAGGUCCUUGCGAAAAAUAUCGUGAUCAAUCAAAUUCAACAAUAUUAUAUUGCUUUAUGCAGUACAUGGAUUUUAAAACAAUCAUUACAUCCAUUGAUCCAAACCAAUAUAAAUUUCCUCGUCCUACAGAACAGAUUGAAUUAAUUGUAUCACCUAUACCAGAAGAUAUUUAUAUCACAGACAUUAAUAUCAAGGAACAAUAUUUUCAACUAUUCAUUCAACAAGCGAAUGAGUGGCUUCGAUGGUUUGAUAAAUUUCUCUUAGUAUUUUUGCAUGUUGUCGAAUGGUUGAAGAAUUGGAAUGUCAUUGGAGCUGCUCAAUUAUUUAAUGAUAUGCGUACAGCGCAAAGUAAUUCAUCAAUCACAAUGAUUCAAAUGAAAACAACAGUUGAGAAAGCAUUAAAACUACUUCGACCUUUUAAUGAUCUACAACGACUAUGCCAUCUACUCAAUUGUUUAACAUCUUUUCAAUUAAUUGACUCUGGUACACAAGGCAAUCAAAUUAUUUCUGAAAAUUAUAUUCGUGAAUUAAAACGAUUUCAACCUAACAACUCAUUCAAGGUAGAUUCCAAAAUGAUUGCUAAAUGCAUAAUUCCUAUCAAUGGUCGUCAAAAUGUUCAAUGGUGUAUUGCUAGUGAGAAACUUGCAUGUAAUAUAGAAAUAAACUAUCAAACCACUGACUUGAAUGAUUCUUCUAAAUUUUUAUGUCGCAAGGAAAAGGUUUCAAUCGAUAAAUAUGUUCUACAAGGAGAAUAUGAGACACAAAGAGCUGGCCAGUUAAUGAUUCUCGUCAAUAAUGAAACAUUUCCAGCUCCACGUACUAUAUGGUAUCGGGUAAUACAAACACCGUUAUCAACUUCUCAUCUAUUCCAUGGUAUAUUCAAUAUGUUUUAUCAACAAUACUCUAAACAAUCAAUAAAAACAAUUAAGGAGAGUGAAUUGAGUAAUUUGCUCGAUAGAGUAUUUACAUUUAUUGAUAACCUCUUGCAUGGUACUGUAAGUUUAAAAGAUAUGGCUGAUCUUAAAGCCGUAUUUUGUGAUAAAAACAUUCAUGUAAAAGAAGAAGUAAAGAAGCUCUUUAGUAAACGUUCUUCUGAAGAAGGAACAAAAAGAAAACGAUCCACGAUUGUUAUUCGAACAACGAUCGAUCCCACUGAAAAAGAAAUUGAGCAAGUUUGUGAAUGGCUACAGAUCUAUCAAUAUUAUAGUCAUGUUAAUAUUAUCAUAAAUUGCAUUGAAACAUUUGAUAUACUACCAAUCGAUAAUGAUGAUGAGUUGAUCGGUCGACUCAAACGCUUGCGUGAUGAAAACUGUUCGCUGAAAGAAAUUACGCAAACGUACGAAAUUGUAAAACGGCAAUUUCAAAAUUUAUCGAGUCAACAUUUACAAUUAAUUAAAACAGCACUCGAGUGUUCAAAUGCUGUUCUAAUGAUGAAAAAGUAUGAUUUAUAUUCACCUCAUGGACGUCGUCGAUUUCAAGAAUUACGAGAUAAUUUAACAACACAAUUUCAAUUUCAAGAACGUAAUAAUAUGAUUCUGAAUUCAUGGAUUAUCGCCUAUGCAUUGUGUGAGCCGUUCGUCCUCAAGGCUAAUAAUUUCGAUGAGUUUCUUAAUCGCAUUGCUGGCUUAUCGAAAUUUGAAGAAAACUCUCUCAAUCACAUUCAAAUUGUCAAUGAGAAUGUACAAAUUGUUAAUAUGUGGCUAUCAGCAGAAGAAACAACAGUGUUAGAUAAUGCUCUUUUAACAAUGGAGCAUUUGUACAAAACCGGUAAAGUUCAGAUACGUCUUAGACAUUUAAUGAAUGAACAAUCUUAUUUUGAAAUCAUCUAUUCUAUUGAUAAAUUGGGAACUGAACAGGUGCGAAGAGCUGAUUCACAGGAUGAUGGCUAUGAACAAUAUAAUGAUGAAGAACAUAAUCAACAAAAGUCUAAAACACUAAAAUUUACAUUGACAAUGAGUGACAUCGAUGAUCAUAAACGCCAAUUAACAUUCUGUAAUGUUGAUUUACAAGAAAAUAUGAUUUAUAGAAAAAUAUUAUUACAAGAACAAUUAAAAUUAUUGAAAAUUGUCGAAAAAAUUUAUUCUAUACUUGUAAAAUUAGAAAUGACAGGUCAUCCAGAUUUUCAACUCAGAGAAGAAGACUAUGAAAUACAUGACCGAACUGGCGAAAUCGAUACGAUUCUUACGGAUCUAAGAAAAGAUCAUCGCUUACGAGCGGAUCGAUUGAAACGUGUCGUAAAAACUCGCACAGAGAAUUUAGAAUCAAUCUAUCGCGCUUUAGAAACUGCUUAUGAUAUAUGGAUAACAAAUUUGGAAAGAUUUAGACAGGACAGUCGUUUAUUAAAUUUAUUCUCAAAUCGUCAAAUAAUGAUCCUUAUUAUUUUAUUAACAACAUCGACAACGCAAAAUCAAAUCAAAUGUCAUUUUCUGGAGAAAUUAUCACUAUCAAAAGAUAUCAUCAAUCAUAAGGGCAAGGAACAAAAUCUGACCAUUCAGUGUUUGAUGCAUUACUUACGCUCACUGAAAAUACGUGAUUGUGAAUUAUCUGAAGCUCAUGUAUCACGUCUGCAUGAAACAUACAAAAUUGCGUCAAAUUCUAAUGUUGAAAUGAGUCUAAAAAAAUUGUCCGAAUUUCUGCGAGAUUUGUUGAAAAAUGGAAGAGAACUAUUCAGAAAAAAUCCAUCAAUCAAUGAAAAUCAACAGUAUCUUGUAACACCAAAUGCAAUGAAACAUGCAACGGAUAAAAUACCACUCGAGCAUGAUCUUGAUAUGGAAACUUGUUGUGUUCUAUUGAGUCUAUUCAAUGAUCGACUACCAUCUGUCUAUCAAAUAUUAUGGUGUUCGAUUGCUACAGAAGAUGAUAUACACUUGUUCUUCUUACGAGUACGAACAUUUCAUUGCAUGGUAUUUGCUGUGAUGGAGAUCGAUAAAAUGCAUCAUCGUCUUCGAGAAUUAUUAUUAAACGAACAGGAUACAUUGACGCGACAAGAACAACCUCAUGGGACCGUCUAUUAUUUUUCAAGAGAAUUAACAACAAAUCGGAGAGGCCUAAGACCGUUUCAUAUCUUACUCAAACAUCGAGAUCCGAAUCAAAUUUAUACGCAAAUAGUUCGAUUAUUUGGAGAACACAAUUACACACAACCACAGAUUCAAAUCAUAUAUGGAAAAGCUGGAAUAGGAAAAACUCAUUGCAUUAAUACAAAAUAUAAAGAUCAAGAUACAUCGUGUUUUAGUAUUAAUGAUACACUAAAUUUAUCAUCGUUGAUUAGCUCAUUCCUAUUGUUUGAUUCAAGAGGUCGAAACGAAAAUCCAUCGGUUUCUUUCAAUAUAUCAAUUCAUGCACCAUUUGAAGAUCUAAAUCGUACUUUCUUGUCGCUUUUUGUUUGUGGAUCAUUGACUGAUGCGAGUACUGGUCUCACAUUUUCUCUACCAGAAAACAAACAAUGGAAAUUUGUUAUUGAAAUUCCUCAUACAGACAAAUAUCAUAUGACAAUCAAAGAAAAUUUCGAUAAAAUUUUACCUUUGUUAUCAAUUAUAUCACCAUAUACAUUAGAAGAAGUCACAGACGAAAAUUAUCAAUUAUUUAUUAACCGAGAAGAAGAACUUGUUGCACGAUUCUUAAAAGCCUAUGAAAAUCAAACAAUCGAUCGUCUCAUGACAAUAAGUCCAACUGGCAAAGACCAACCUGUAAAAUUCGAAAAAUUGACAAAUCGCGAUGAAUGUCGUCAGCAAAUAUACAACUGUAUGACAAAAUAUGCUCGCGAAAUACCAAGAAAUAAAAUUUCAGAACUCUCUUUCACUAAAUUUUUAUAUCGUCGUAUUCGAUUUUUUAAAGGUCAUUAUUAUCGACUUAACAUAACUUCUCAGCAUCUCGGUUCAACUGUUAUGAAACAAAUGAUUAACGAAGCUAAGUUUCUUGCUCAUAUUGAUUUUCGACAUAAUAAUUAUCCUCGUAUUUAUCUUGUUUUCGAUCCCUAUUUUGCCUUACAUCUAUUACACGAUGAUUGGAAUAAUGUUUCAAAAGACUUGAAGCAACUCUUCAACAACAAAAAUCCAUCACUGACAGACGAUUUUAAGAACAAAGAUUAUUUUGCUAAAUGUUUAUCUUGGCUCAUCGAUAUAAAGUAUGAUGAUUUCAUAAGAAUAAUGAAUGAAACAAAAUUUAUUUUGACCGAAAAUUUUGCUUAUAAACUUUUUCAUGUUCACGAACGAAAAUUAACUAGACUACCAUUAAUUAUCGAAGGUGAUACUGCACUGUUAGUUAGAAAAUACAUUAUAGAGAAAGCUGAAGGAUAUUCAAGGAAUGCCUAUAUGAAUUCUAGAGAGAAUUUUAAAAUUCUUGAAAACUUGAUAUUCUGA